CGCCGAUGGCCCUCGUCAAGUCAGCUGAGAUCAGGCAGCUAAACCGGAAAUGAAGCGGCUUCGGCUUUCAAAAGUAAAAACGACACAAUUUGCCGUGUACACACGAUGAACGGAGGAAGAUUUUUAAAAUCAAAUCAACACAGAAUCAUCGGCGAGUUAAUUAAAACGAGAAUGUGUGUUUUAAAAAAAAAAUCAGUUCAGAAUCAGUUCAUUUAACGCGACUGUGUUACGAAGCGGAAGUCGCCGCUAGCUGUAAGCUUGCCGCUAACUUGACGGUUGCGUCUGAAGUGGCGCUGACUGCGGCGGAGUCGAUCCGAACAUGUCGGGUCGUUUCCAGCGCAGGUGACGAGUGAACCCGUCGUGUUUCCAUCCAGGACUCAUCGAGGGUUCGAACCCACACCCACUCCCCCGUCGUCCCGGGGCAUGAGGCCGGAGCUCGGAGCUGCCGCCGCCGCCGAGCGUUAACUCUCCGCCCGGCCACAGAGGCACCAGCAGCCCCGGAGGAGACGACCGAGUCACAAGACUUCCUCCCCCCGGGCUGGUCUCCUCCGCCUGCAGCCGCUCCACAGUUGGACACGGGACUGGAAGCCAUGGAGAAUCCCGGGUAUUGCACCGGGAGCUUUGACAGCCUUCAUCUCCCCAGUGACGAUGACGAUGAUGAGAUGGUGGACAUAGCAGGAGCCACGCUGGACUUCUCCAGCACCGAGGACGUCCCUCCUCUCAGCUCAGAUUAUGAGGAGUACAGCAGCGGCAGAGCGGCCGGUAUGAACGGUAACGGCCCCAGUAAACUCGUGGACCCGCUGGACGACCCGCUGCCCGGACUGGGCACCUACGAAGACUUCAACACCAUCGACUGGGUCAGAGAGAAGAGCAAGGACCGCGACAGACACCGAGAGAUCACCAAUAAGAGCCGGCAGUCGACCGCGGCUCUGCUGUUCAGCGUCAUCGAUGCCUUCUCUGGGUGGCUGCUCAUGCUGCUGGUGGGACUCAGUUCAGGCGCUCUCGCCGGUGGCAUCGACAUCGCAGCCCACUGGCUGACGGACAUGAAAGAAGGCGUGUGUCUCAUUGGCUUCUGGUAUAACCACGAGCACUGCUGCUGGACGUCCAACGAGACCACGUUCCAGGAGAGGGACCGAUGUCCGCAGUGGCAGAGCUGGGCUGAACUGAUAGCGGGGACGUCUGAGGGUGCGUUUGCUUACAUCGUCAACUAUCUGAUGUACAUCUUCUGGGCUCUGCUCUUCUCGUUCCUCGCUGUCGCUCUGGUCAGGGCCUUUGCUCCGUACGCAUGUGGCUCAGGAAUCCCCGAGAUAAAAACCAUCCUGAGUGGCUUCAUCAUCCGCGGCUACCUGGGGAAGUGGACCCUCAUCAUCAAGACCAUCACCCUGGUUCUGGCCGUGUCCUCGGGGCUCAGUUUGGGGAAGGAAGGCCCCCUGGUGCACGUAGCCUGCUGCUGCGCUAACAUACUGUGUCAUCGGUUCACCAAGUACCGCAAGAACGAGGCCAAGCGGCGAGAGGUUUUAUCGGCGGCGGCGGCAGUCGGCGUGUCUGUGGCUUUCGGUGCUCCCAUUGGAGGAGUCCUCUUCAGCCUGGAGGAGGUGAGUUAUUACUUCCCCCUGAAGACCCUGUGGCGUUCCUUCUUCGCCGCUCUGGUCGCCGCCUUCACUCUCCGCUCCAUCAACCCGUUUGGAAACAGCCGCCUGGUGCUGUUUUAUGUGGAGUUCCAUGCCCCGUGGCACCUGGUGGAGCUGGCCCCUUUCAUCCUGCUGGGGAUAUUCGGAGGCCUCUGGGGGGCGUUGUUCAUCAGGGCCAACAUUGCCUGGUGCAGGAGACGUAAAACCACUCGUCUGGGUCACUACCCCGUCAUCGAGGUGCUGGUGGUCGCCGCGCUGACCGCCCUGGUUGCGUACCCGAACAGUUACACCAGGAUGAGCGGAGCUGAGCUCAUCUCCGAGCUGUUUAACGACUGCUCGCUGCUCGACUCCUCUCAGCUCUGCGGAUACAAACAGGCAACCAACACAUCAGAAACAGGUGCCGGUAACAGCCUGGCGGACCGGCCUGCAGGAGAAGGCCUUUACACCGCACUGUGGCAGCUGGCCUUGGCCUUAAUAUUCAAGAUGAUGGUCACCGUUAUCACCUUCGGCAUGAAGGUUCCCUCGGGUCUCUUCAUACCGAGCAUGGCAGUCGGAGCCAUCGCCGGCAGACUGCUGGGUGUCGGCAUGGAGCAGUUGGCCUACUACCACCAUGACUCGCUCAUCUUUAAGAAGUGGUGCUCGCCGGGGGCGGACUGCAUCACGCCGGGGCUCUACGCCAUGGUCGGAGCCGCUGCAUGUCUAG